AUGGCUCCUAGGCUCCCAGAUCAGCUCGCGGCCGUCCUCCUCCACCCCCACCCCCUCUCGCGAUUCAGCACUAGCUCAACGCUCGUGGAUCCUCGCCUCCUUCCCAGCCGGCCGCUCUCUGGUUCUGCGAACAGGCCGCCACGGUUCUUCCUUCUGCAGGAUCCAGUAAUGGAGGGUAGCAGUGCGAUGUCUCCGCUAGGAGAGCCCUCAAUUCCAAUGAUCGCAGCAUGUGCACCAGCACUAUCACGUGUGAGAAUAGCGGUAGAUCGAACUGAUCAAGUGUCCAUGGAGGUUGUCAUCUCUCUCCCAGCAGGAAGCUCGAUUGCCAGGAAGCACUAA